AUGGCCGAGCCUGAUCUCGUCCGUCCCUCAACGUCGCAUUCCGGCGCCUCGGGCUUCCAGAGGAGGUUUCUUCUCUCCAGCCCGGGGCGGCCUCGAACCGCAACUGGCCACAGCGAACCGAAACUUACAUCGCCCGCCGGCUUGGUCGUCAGGGUAUGCAUCAAGUUUCAGUCGUCUCUGGACCUCACCUACGAGAGACAGUAUCAGUCCUCCCAUGGAUUCGAGCCGACGGACCAAAUAUGCCAAGCCCUUAUUCGCCGCCUAACACACUGCUCACAUGAGCUGCUCACCCGCAGAGACUCGACCGCCCUCGAGCGGACCAUUCCCCAGAUCGGCGAGGGGAAGCCGCUGCGCUUCGAGCUGGUUUAUCACAUAUACCGAGGAGGCCCGGAACCAUGGGUCACCAAAUCCUUCAAGUCGUACCAGAAGUAUCCCAUGGACAGACCAUCCGCCAUGGAGAUCGCCCGCUCCACCGACCGUAUCAUCGGGUCGUUCUUGAAGCUUCACGAUAGGGCCUUUCGAUGGAUGCACGGCAGGACCCACGAGCGGUCCUCGAGCAAUCUGGAGAUCCUCAAGCCCCUCAGCAACCCGGUCUCCCUCCUUCACAUCCCCGAGUCGCGAUUCGUCGACACGACGCAGGACUGGGAGUUUCUUCCCGGCUACGAGAUCACGCUGUCUUUCCGCAGCCGAUGCAAGUCACGCAGGCAACGGGAAUGGCAACAGACCAUCACGCUCAAGAGCAAACAGAGCUCUCCGUUGACGCUGUCCCACGGUGAGGAUAUGGCCUGGGUCUUGUCGACGGCGAUGCAACGUGCCCUGGACGCCAGGAAGAUGGCCUUUGACAGACAGCAUCGGUCUUGCAAUAAGUUCGAUCUCAUAGACGAAUGCCGCCAUUCUGAGCAGAGUGCCGUUCACGUCGGAUUCCAAAUACGAAACCAACUCGGGCUGGACCACAGGCACCUGCGCCGCGAGCUCGACAGCAACCUUCUCCUCUUUCAGCACCCUGACGCCCUCGACUGCCAGCAGUUUCUGAACCAGCUCGAACACGCCUUUGGCGCGGUCCGCGACGACACGGACAGGGAGCUGAGCGAGAUGGACGACUUUAGGCUCACAGUCUAUGAGCUGUCCGGGCGCGGUUGGAAGGCGGAGAAGCCAUUUGCCGUGUGUCUCAACUCGGCGGCCUGCUAUUCCCGGAGGACCGUCAAAGCCAUCCUGGAUAGAGUGCAGACGAGCGUUGCGGAUAUCCUCGGCGGCAACGACAUGAGUAUCACCCUCAUGGCUCACAAGCGUGGCCAUCUGGUCUUGGAUAAGACGUUCGUGGCCCAUUCGCCAUACUACGCGACAGGACAGCGCCAAGACGAAGACGCCGAGACAGUAAAGAAGCAUUUCGUCUCGAAACUCAGGAACCGAAUCCAGUCCGACAUUGCUAUGGUCGUCAAGGACACGUGCUCUCUCUCCGACUCAGAGCCGCAGAAUAUCCGUGUCAUUGAGCGGCCUGUCCCAGCAGCGAACGACCCUGUCGAGAUGGAAGCUUUGCCUUGCAGCAGUCCGCCCGCCAUCCCGACGUCCAAUGGGGCCGCGCCGGCCUCAUUCGAUGGCAGCAGCUUCACUGAGUCGUCCGAACCUUCGGGUCUGCGAAGUGAAACGCUUCAGGGGGUUGGCGGGGUUGAAACGACGGCCGAAAGCGUCAAUGACACCGUGGGGCCGUCGCAGCAGCCUGAAACCCCGGUCAAGGCAAUCGGCUUCAGGGAUGAGGUCGACUUUUCUUCCCGAAGCCGUCUCUCCUUCUCCCUGACCGAGGACGGUGAGACUGCUACAUAUCCCUCGUCGUCGUCCACCCCGAGUCUCGUCGACGGAGAAGUUGGAACGCCUCACGACAGCCUACUGGUCACGCCCACCUUUAUGCGAACGCUUUCUGGGACCCCUCAGCACUUUGACGCGAAUCCGAAUAUCGCGAGCUCAGAGACAUCGUAUACCGACUUGAUGGAGGAUUCCUUGGCAGGGCCACCGACGCCGACGAUGCAGCGUUUCAACGGACCGCGGCAGUUCAGCCUCAUGGGCAAAGGCAGCCGCUCCGUAUCGCGGCAGUCCCUGGUGUCGACUGACUCGGGAUCCGAGCAGCCGUCGUUGACCGACUCUGAAGCUUCCCCUUCGCCUGCAUCUGAUGACGCUGUCGUACAGGUCGAGGAAGUCGCGUCCGAGUUCCAGGCCGACCCCGAGUCUGCUCCCGCACGUUCGCCAGCGCUACCUGAUGCAAAUGUCGAACCGGCCACCGUAGAGCCUGUUCUCGAGGGCUGGUUGGAGUACUGCUGCGUCCCGGUUGGUGCUGAAGAGCAAGCGGCCAAAUUGGAGCCGGAGCCGGCGCUCGAAGCUGAUGUACCUCAAAACACCCAGUCAACGCCGGAAGAGCCGGCGAUUGUCAUCACUCCUGCCGAGAUCCGUUCCAGGCCAACCACUCCUCCGAGAUCCUUUGAGGGCUUCCUGGAAUACGCCAUCGAAACCAUCGUCGAGGAAGAAGAGGGGGAAGAGGACUCUGACGCAGAGUUCCAUGACGCGAACUCCACGUCUGCCAUGGCUGUCAUGUCGAGCCCCUCAAGCUUCGCAACCGCCACGGAGAUAGGCCUCAACUCCCCCACCAACUUCGAGCAGGGAGCCCCCCCCCCCUCUCAUUCUCGACUCCGCGACGCUCUCGCCUAA